UGUCUGAAAAUUGUCUGGUCCAUUGAGAAGUAUCAAACCAGAGUAUUUCCCAAUUAGAACUUGGAUGGUGCAGAUUAUAAUAACGUAAUUGACAUCCAGGAACAUUCUUGCUCCCUCAAUUUGAUCCUAACUGAUUAAUGUACUACAGAACAGGGGGAAGACCCCUUUCAGCAAAAUACCUUCUUCCUGUGCGCUGUGAGGAGUCCAGCGUAGUGCUCCUGAAUUUUAUUCUGACAGUCGAUGUUUGGCACUACAAAGUGCAAUAUUUUGAAUUUGAGAGAAACAAGUGUUUUCAAACAUUGAAGAGAUAACUUUGAUCUGCAGAAAUCUAAUGACUUAAAAUUUGCUUGUAUUAAUAAAAAACUAUGGAGUGUAAAAACGAAAGUGUGCGCCUGACCUUAGAUUCAAUUAAGGAAAUUAUUGCUAAAGAUGAACCAGAAGUUGAAAUUAUUAGCUUGGAAGAAGAACCUGGUUCAGGAAGGGGCGAUAAUUACACGUCAAUGCUUUAUCGCCUGCGUGUUAUUGGUUUAAAACAACAAAAGAACGGUGGUGAAAGGGUGAAAUGGGAACGAACUAUCAUAUACAAGGUAUUGCCAGACUCACGGGAACGACGCGAGGCCUUCAAAAGUGAAACUCUGUUCAGGAAUGAGGUAGCAUUUUAUACUAAAGUGUGGCCAGCUCUAAAUGUUCUGCAGACAUCGGGGCAUCACGUAUUCGAUGGAGUGGCCAAAAUAUAUGAUGCACGCGAAGAUCUUAUCGCGAUGGAAGAUUUAAGAGAGCUGGGGUUUCGGAUGGGCGAUAGAAGGGCUGGUCUCCAAGUUGAGCAGCUGCGGCAAACGCUAGCAGCUUUAGCAGGCUUUCAUGCGCUUAGCCUUGCAUUAAAAGAAGCAAGGCCAGAAGAGUUUCAAGAGUUGAGCAGAAAAGGAGGAAAAGGUAUAGCGGAAGCAAUGUUCUGCGAAGAGAACGCAGAUUGGUAUAGGCAGUACUACAGAGUCGCUGCCAGUAAUGCAAUUGCAAUGGUAUCUGAAGCUCUACCCCCCAUGUCACAUGAGAAAAGGGAAGAUGUAAUGCGUAGAAUGAAACUGUUUUUACAAGAAGAAACUUUCUUUCAUACAAUGUGCAAUCUGGCUGCUGCUGAAGGGCCACUAACAGUUUUUUGUCACGGUGAUUGUUGGACCAACAAUAUCUUGUUUCGUAAAGAAGUAGAAUCUGACACAAAGGUUGUAUGCUUUGUUGAUUUCCAACUGUCUCGGGUUGGUUCAUUAGCCCUUGAUUUGGCAACACUUCUCUAUUGCUGCACCAGCGGAGAAGUCAGACAUGCCCAUAUGACAUCACUUUUGCGUCAUUACCACCAUAACUUAAUUUUUGCUCUCAAGAUGCUGAAUGUUCAAGAGGCUUCAAGAGAUCCUGAAAUUAUGUGGGACAUUUUAACUGAAGAGCUGCGGAGAUGUGGACGCUUUGGGUUGGGUAUAGCAUUGGAUAUGCUUCCAAUAAGUACUUGUGCCAGCGACGAAGCUCCAGAUUUAUACGAGGAUGAAGAACAAAGUGAAAAAGUGGAAGGAGCACAAGGGCCUCCACCAGGAGGUGUGGAGUGUGCACGUCUGAUGACUGAUCUAGUAUUGGAGCUAAUAGAUAACCAGGCUCUAUGA